GUCUGAGGCGGCGUCGUUGCGUCAAUGGAAAAGGGAAGAGGCACCGCUGCCGUCCGUCCGGGCUUCAGAAAAGCCUCUCGCGCGGUGUCCCCCAGCGUGCUGCUCUACAGACUAGCGAGAAAUGGGUUUGGCAGGCGGACUUUUCGGUGGAACACCUCCCUGCGAGGAGAGGCUGUGCAGCCCGGAGAAGAGAAGGCUGUGGGGAGAGCGGAGGGCGAACUGUCAGUAUCUGCAGGGCUGUGAGAAGGGAGGGGACAGACUCUUCAGCAUGGCUGCUGUGAUUGCACAAGGGGAAAUGGCUUCAAACUAAAGGAGGGGAGAGUUAGAUGAGAUAUAAGGAAAAAGUCCUUUACAGUGAGGGUGGUGAGGCACUGCAUGGGUUGCCCUGAGAGGUGGUGGUGCCAAGGUCAGGCUGGAUGGGGCUGUGAGCACUGCUGGAGCUGUGGGUGUCCCUGGGCACUGCAGGGGGCGGGAGCAGAUGGCUGAAAGGUGCCCAAGGACAGUGGCAGCUGGAGUAGCACGUGUCACACACAGCCUGUGUGCCCACUGCCGGUUGCUGCGGGGAGCAGCUGUCCGUCUUCCUCAGCCUGCUGUGUGUGAGGUGCGCAGCCUUUGGGCUGGACCAGCUGGUGUGCAGGGGGGGUUGUAGGUCUGGGCCAAGGUAUUGGGUGGUCGGGAGACUUUCGGGUGUGCCCUGAGGGGACGUGCAAACGUGGUGUGAGUGCAGCAACAUAAGUUGGCGUGGGCAGAGACAUUGGUGCAACCAGGAAGGAGGGCCUGGGGCCAGGGCUACUGGAGGAGGCAGCCAGGGCCUUCCCAUCUCUGAACACAGCAGCUUAGACUUGUUUUGUUCAUGUUUCGUCUUCUUUUGAGUUACUCUGAGUUACAAUGACUCAUGUGGCACAUAUUUGUAAUCCAUUCACUGCAUUCAGAAACCAGAGAGCUGUUCACAUACUUCCUCAUCUCCCAAAGAGGGAUAGUAUUUUAGGUGAUUUUAGUGAUUUUAGGCAUUGUGAUUCUAAACAGAGACUUAUGGGCAAAAGGGGGGAAAAAAGGGAAGUGGAGUAAUUUUUCCUCUUGAUGAAGAGCAAGCAGAGAAGGAACACCCUUUGCUUCCUCUUUACUUAAAGAGACCCUUUUGUUGAACCAGUGGCAGAAUUAGUUGGUGCACACAUGCAGCACGGGAGGUCAAACACCGCAGAUUGCGGGCUUUUUGCCUGGAGAGGUCACAGUGACUCGGAAUGUAUGUCUUAAGUGAUGCUAUGUUAGUCUGCCAUGGGUUAUCUUAUUUGAGAAGCCAGCUCAUACAUUUUUCUGUGGAAACAGUCGAUCUGAAAUGAAUUUACAGUAAAACAAAUGGGAGGUUUUCCUUAGUCUCCAAUGAGCACUAAGCCUGUGAAACAAGUUUUAAACAAAGCUCUUAAGCUCUUGACCAGCUUUUGUAUUUCCUUUAUUUUCAAUGAAAAAUAUACAGUUUUAGUUUCCAGAAUAUCAGCAAAGAAAAAGGGCUUGGGAGUUACCUUUACAUUGUUCAGGGUUCAUCAGAGCAGGGAGGGGUGAGAGCUGCCUCUGCCUACCCUACGAAUAACUUUGCCUGUCUUCCUUGCUCUCAGUGAUGAACAGAUGUGUUCACAGGUCAGAAGAGGUCAGAGCAGAGAUUGUAAGAUGUUAAAAAUGGAAUUAAGCAGAAAAUACGUGAUUGAAGCAGAGUCCCACAGAGAGGCUGGUAGAAAAGAAACCACUCAAAAGUCUUUCUUGUAGGCAACCUCUGUUUAUCACCACAGGGAGAAUUAAGCAACGGCUCCAUGACAGCAGCUCUCAGAGGAAAUGAAGCAAAGCAAAUGCUCAGCAAGGCCAUGCAGAUGGCAUGCAAUAACUGAUAGAUAUGUGUCCUAACUGACUCUUGAAAUGAGGAAACCACUGUGUCCUGAAUAAACAAUUUAUGGAAAUGUGAAAGGAAGAUGAAGGUUCAAGAGGAUGCUUUAUGUUCUUACAUCACUGCACUGCCUGGCUGCUCAGUACAAAGACGUUGCUACAGCAGACAUCAUCUAAGGGUGGUUCUGCGGGCACCAGUCAAGACCACUGAAACCAUCAGCACAUUCUUCUGAUAGCACAGAACUUCCAUUGAAGCUGUCCUGGGAAAGCAGAGUGACACCUUGUUCAGCAACACAGCAUGUGAAGCCAAGGGUAUGAGCAGGAGGAAAUUCUCUCUUUGUUUUCCUGCAUUUUCCCUCCCUGGUAAGGACAACUGUCUAGAGAAACUCUGCCACUUACCUGUGAGUUUUUGGAGCCUCAGGAUCUCCUGGAAGCUAUGAUGCACAUCAUGUGCAAAACAAAGGUGCAGCAUAGCCCUUAGCAGUGAGGCACUCAGGCACUUGAAGACACAGUGCAGUCACAAAACUCAGAAGCAGAAAGGGAAAACCAAGUAACAUCCUUUGGAAAAAUUGCUUAAUUUGGGCAAAUGUCCCCAGCACAGAUGGUAAGAUCAGUAGUGAGCUGAAGAAAUGAUCCCUUGGAAAUGUAAGUGUUCACAAAAGACAGCUGAAAACUUUGUUACUGUUCACACAUAGUGAAGAGGUGUAAAUAACACAGCCCAGGCAAGGUGAAGCCAGAUCUCCCCUUUUUGCUUUGGAUGAUACACUACCCUUAAAGGUCAGAGCACUCCGUGCCAGCAGUGGAAGUCUUGGAAGCUCCCCACAGGCACCUGCCAUGGGGCUGGCUCUCAAGUGAGUUGUUAUCUCACACUGUCUGAAGUUAGAGCUGACAGAGUUGCUUUUUCAGCUCCCCAUUGCCAGUUGUCAGCCCUUCUGGCAGCUGUAGUAGUCGCAUUGCAAUGUCCUUAGCCAUGGGACAGAGCAGGACCCAAGCAGGAGCCAGGAUUUCACAUAUGACUUCACAUUAAUCAGCGCUAAAUCUUCUGUUGUGUAGUUUUCAUGUUCCCACACGCACAUUUUGGAGAUCUGUUGUCAAUCUGUACCUUCUGAUUUGCUAAGCUUAUUUUCUUGAGGCUUUGCAAAUCAGUUCAGUUCUGGAGACCUCACUCCAGAUGUUCAGAUCUCUGGAUUUGAAGAGAUGACUGGCAGUUUUCGGAAGCAGUCCCUAUUCAUGCAACAUGCUUUAAAUUCCUUUCUGCAUCUCCAAGGUGAUACGGGACUUUCAAGGUUGACAGGACGUUUCCCAGAGCUCAAAUGAGAACAUAGAUAGAAAAAAAAAAAAGAGUUCUGAUGGCGUAAACAGUGGCACUCAGUGAUCUUCACGGGGUCACAGGGUGAGGAAAAGCAAUUUAGGACAUAUUGAUCACUGAGCCAAUUUCAAAAUCUACCCUCAGGGACCUGACCUACUUUGGACUUACACUGGCCAGUGCUUGCAUUGGCUUCUCCCUUGCUUCCAAAAGUGGCUGUGUCUCCUGCAGCAUAUGAGCCGUUUGGGGGUACCGAAUUGAAGAGAGAACCAAACACUUCUCUUGUCUCUUCCUUGCCUUCUCCCAUUUGCUUAGGAUUAAAAUAGGCUUUCAUCUACAUUUUGAGUUUGGGGUGUUUAAGGGGCUUCAUUGCAAAAGGGUGUGCUUGAGGAGGGCUGGUUUUUCCUCUGAUAUUCAGAUAGCUGUAAAAGGCUCCAAGAAGUCACUGUCUCCGCUGAUGGGAUGGAAGAAUAGGGAGAAAAAGCUUAAAUUCAGCCCUCUGUUAAAAUUCAUGAACUUUAAGGGCUUUGUACCUGAAGCUAAUAAGAGACUGAUUUGCUGAGGCAGUGUGAGCCUCGUGUAGUGCUGCCACAAAUGUGUGUAACGUAGAAACAGCAAAGCAAAACUGAACACCUCGCCCUUAACACUGAAUGGGAACUUGGGAAAAUAAAAGCUGGGAAAAAGACAUCAGCCAUCUUCUUCCCACCUCACCUGUCCCAGAUAUGCAGAAUUCUAACGCCAAAUUAGUCCUGAAUCAUGUGUAAACUGAAACAUCUGCCUGAGAGCUUUCCACAGACCCAUGGGAAGCUGCCGAUCGAGAAGGAAGCUCUGCAGACACAGACAGGGGACCCAGGCAGUGGGCAAGCGCAGAGGUGGAGCUUACAUGGGAUUUUUUGGUCAGUGUAAAAGCCUGAGACAGCUCAGUGCCAACCACAACGCCUGGAGCACGGGGAAGGGGAGCAGAGAGUGGAGCACCGUGCUGGCGAUGGGGAGGGCAGCUCCCAUCCUCCUCGCCCUGCUCAGUGCAUCAGCCACCACCUGUAGCACCCAGGACACCUGUCCAGAGGUGAAAAUAGUGGGACUUGGUGAGGCAGACCGUCUUGCUGUUCUUCAAGGAUGCCCAGGGAUCCCAGGUGCAGCUGGCCCAAAGGGAGAACCAGGCCUCUCAGGAAAAAAAGGAGAAAUGGGAACCAAGGGACCCCCUGGGAAAGCAGGACCACCCGGAAUAAAAGGAGCAGCUGGAGACCCUGGAUUGCCAGGACCAAAAGGAGAAGGAAGGACCAGGUGUGGAAGGCAGAGAGAAAUCCGUGGUGUUUGCCCAACAGGAGCAAAAGGAGAGCCAGGAUUUCCAGAACCUUUGGGAACUGCCAAGAGCUGCUGGAUAAAGGGAAGAUCCUGAGCGGAUGGUACACCAUCCACCCCCAAGGCUGCAAUGCUACCACUGUCUUCUGCGAUAUGGACACGGAUGGUGGAGGAUGGAUUGUUUUCCAGAGACGCUUGGAUGGGUCAGUGAAUUUUUUGCGAGAUUGGAAUUCAUACAAACGAGGAUUUGGCAACCAGCUGACGGAGUUCUGGCUGGGGAAUGACAACCUCCACUUCCUCACCUCUCUGGGAACCUGUGAACUCCGCGUUGACCUGAGAGACUUUGACAACAACUACUAUUUUGCCAAGUAUGCUUCCUUCCGAGUUUUAGGAGAGUCUGAGAAAUACAAACUGGUUCUGGGAGACUUCCUUGGUGGAAAUGCUGGAGACUCCUUAUCGUACCACAAGGACAUGUCAUUUUCAACAGCAGACCAGGACAAUGACAUGAGCUCCUUCAACUGUGCCACAGCCUACAAGGGAGCGUGGUGGUACAAUGACUGCCACUACUCUAACCUCAAUGGCAUGUACUGGCUGGGUGCACAUGGGAGCUAUGCUGACGGCAUCAACUGGAAGACGGGCAAAGAAUACCAUUACUCCCAUAAACGAACAGAAAUGAAAUUCAAGCCAAUUUAACAGCACAGGAGGAUGUCUGACUGGCACUGACAGGUGCCACCCAACAGCCAACAGAAGACAGAAAACAUCAUAUUGUUUGAGGGCAAGAUCAGACCAAGAAGGACACUGUAAAUUGUGUCUUUGGCCCAGAGCACCUGUAGCCUUUAGAGAUCAGAAGAGAACAGUACUGCUUUGAGCUUCUGUAAGCCCUGACUUUAAUCCUGCUCUGUCUCCAGCAGCCCUACCGAUGCUGAGUAAGCGUUUCUGAAAAGUGCAUUACUUUGAUGUAAAGACUACCUUGGUGGUAAGGCUACUGUUUUUCAGUAAAACUCUCAGAUGGUAUUACCCUA